AUGCUACGAACCACCCGAGACAACCAGCGGCAAGCCAGCGACGCAGCAGACGCCACCGACCCAGACCCCGCCGGCGACAGAACCACCGGAGACAGAACCCACCGGCGACAGAGGCCAUCGGCGACAAUACCCACCGUUUUGGACCACCAAUUCCGGCGUCACUUUUCCGGCUACGUUUCUGUCGAUUCACACUAUUUUGAAUCGGAAAAAUCUGGUUUCGACGAAGGUUCAUAUUAUAAGAUGAACAGGAGGAAGAAAGAUUUCGGGAUAGGAGACAAUGAAAGCGAAUUCUACGAUGGGAAGAUGAAAAAGAAUGAGCAGUCAAUGUCGUCGGCAUCUAUGACAUCAUCGGUGAAAGAAGAUAUGGAACCUGUGCAGUGUAGGUGCGGACUUACAAGCCCAAUUAUAACAUCCACUACUAUAAAAAAUCCUGGGAGGCGAUUCUAUGGGUGUGCUAUGUAUGACCGUAAAAAGAAAGCUGGCCAAUGUCCUUUUUUCCAAUGGUAUGACAAAGAAACCUGUGCUCGCGGAAGGGAGGUCCUACCUGCGCUGUAUAAACAAGUUCAUUCCCUGAAAUGUGAAGUGUCAUUACUUAGGGGCAAACUAAAGAUCCAAACAUAUUUGUUGGUUUUUUUGUUGGUGAUUUGUGUACUGUUGAUUUGUCUAAGGUUGAUGGGGCAUUGAGGCAUGGGAAUGAGGCAAUUAGAUUAUUAUCAG